UGUCAUUAAAUCGAUGCGAUAAUUUGGAGCAUCGUACUUGACUUGACUAGUCACUUCCGAUCCUCAUACUAGAGUGAACACUGGAUACAUAUUUAAUCUCAAAGUGGCCACCCCACCUACCAAUAUGAUGACCGGUCUCCAAACUGCCAAAAAGGAACUCCGUGGAAAGAUCCGCAAUGUCCUACAGCAAGUCCCAGCAGAAUCAAUUACCAAUCAAUCCAAAACUGUUGCCAACCGGUUGUUUUCUCUCGCCGAAUAUCGGAAUGCAAAGAGGAUAGGCGUUUACCUGUCCAUGCCGGCAGGGGAGCUAUCGACCACUGCGAUCGUGCAAGAUGCCCUGACCAGCGGUAAGGAGGUGUUCGUGCCGUACAUCCACACCGCGCAGAUGCCGUCUCAGCCCAAGACCUCCGUCAUGGACAUGCUGGCCUUGGACUCGAUGGACGAGUUCCAAUCGCUUGCGCGAGAUCGGUGGGGGAUCCCCUCGCUCACGAAAGACCAGGUCAGCAGCAAGAGGAACUGUUUCGGGGGCAUUGGGAUCGCGUCAGACGCGACGGAGGAAACGGCUACGAAGGGGGACUGGGGGUUGGACUUGAUUGUGAUGCCUGGAAUGGCGUUCGACAACGGGUUCAGACGACUCGGCCAUGGGAAAGGGUACUAUGAUCGUUUUCUGAAGAGAUACUUGAAAUGCGCGGAGACAGAUAUGCCGACGCCGAAAAUGCCUUCAUUGGUUGCCCUCGCUCUCAGGGAGCAACUGCUCUCCCCGCCUGAAGAGAUUCCCGUUGCACAGCAUGACUGGCCGGUAGACAUCAUCCUCGUGGGCGACGAUCGCUGCCUGGUGCGCCAACAACACUGAAAACCAACAAGAAGAAAAUCCGCUGCCCAGAAAACCGUCUCUUUCACGUCAAGGAUCUGAAAUAUAUGUGAACAGUGUAAUUAAACGCCCUCCAGCGGCAAUUCGUAAAUAGUGAUGAUUAACAAGC